AUGAAUAUUCUUCUCUUUAUUUUCUUAAUUUUUAAUUUAUUUUCCUUCAACAAGGCUGAAAAAACCCCGACCCCAUUUAUUGAACACAUAAUUAGAAUAACUUUUCUUAAAGGAAUAAUGUCUGGAAUGUGUCAGGAAGAAUUAAAUUUGUUUCAAACUGAAGAUGAUAAAGGAUUCGGGAAAAUUUUGGAUGAAGAUGUUAGAAAUGAGUUUAGAAUGGCCUUUAGAAUGUUUGAGGAGGAGAAGAGGGAUAUUAAAGUGUGGAUUAAUACAAUUAGGGUGUUAUUGAAAAAAUCUGAAUAUGAAGAAAAUAAUGGUGAGUGA